AUGAGUUCAGACUACUCUUACGACGAGCAGGGUCAAUUCUUCCCCUUCUUUAUCCUCACCCUUACCGGUAUCGUCACCGUUCCCCUUACCUACACACUCCUUCGCCCGAGCCGCGAUCAAGAUGCGCUUGCGCCGCGCAUUAAGACAGACUACAAGUCGGAGCAUGCUGCCACCGUCGAGUCACUCAAGACAGCGCAGAAGCGUAGCCAAUGGAGGGUCAAGCGGGCCAUCUUUUCGUUAGUUGGUUGGGCUCUCAUGGGCGGAAUGGUCUACCUUAUUAUUGUCACGCAGCGAACUGUUCCCAAGCUUUACAACCCCUACGAUAUUCUCGGCAUCUCAGAGUCCCUCAAUGAGAAGCAAAUUAAGUCGCACUACAAGCGCCUUUCCCUCAAGUACCAUCCCGACAAGGUCCGACCUGACGCCGCCAAGAACGAGACUGUCGAAUCUCUAACCAACUUUUACGUCGAACUCACCAAGGCCUACCAAUCCCUCACAGACGAGGAGGUACGCAACAACUACAUCCAAUAUGGUCACCCCGAUGGAAAGCAGAGCUUCAGCAUGGGAAUUGCCCUCCCCCAGUUCAUUGUCUCCGAUGGUGCUGGCAAAUAUGUUGUUCUCCUAUACACUAUGCUUCUUGGAGUUCUUCUGCCAUGGUUGGUUGGAUCGUGGUGGUAUGGUACAAAGAGAAGGUCCAAGGAAGGUGUCCUGAUGGAGAGUGCCAACAACUUGUUCCGACAAUACGACGACGAAAUCGAAGAGGGCGGCAUCAUUACAGCCCUUAGUGCUGGCAAAGAGUUCGAGGAUAUUUUCAAGGGCGACAAGGCCGAAUCUGGCCUUUCCAAAAUUGAGUCAAGAAUCACGGCCUCAAGUGAUGCCCAGCCCACUGCUUCUGGCAUGUCACUCAAGGACAAGGGGGCUCUCGAGGAUCUUGACAACGGUGUACGUCGAAAGGCCCUUGCUCUGCUCUGGGCUUACCUCGGCCGUGUUGAACUCGACGACCCUGCUCUUACGAAGGCCAAAUUCCAAGUUGGCCCCAUUGCCCGCGCUCUCAACCAGUCCUUCAACGCUAUCACUCUGGCUUAUGGCAACAUCGGUCCCAUCGCCAACUCGUUCUACACCAGCCAGAACCUGAUCCAGGCCGUUGCACCCCAUGCUUCACCUCUUCUUCAGCUUCCCCAUGUCACUCCUGAGAUCGCUCGCGCCAUUGAAGGCGAUUCCAAGACUCAUCUACCUGUCCACCGAUUUAUGGAUCGACCUGACGCCCAGCGCAGACAGCUUGCUGUCGGAGAGGGCCUCUUGACCGAGGAGCAGUACCAAACCGCAAUUGGCGUUGCUAAGCAAAUUCCAUUCUUCCGUGUUUCUAGGGCUUUCUUCAAGGUCACCGGCGAGCGCUUCAUCAUUCCUUCAUCGCUUGUUUCCCUUGUUAUCAAGGGUCGUUUCAUCCCUCCCGGUACUGAGGACAUCCCCCCUGUCAACGAGCUGGAUCUCGAGGACAUUGAUCCGGCAGAGGAUGACAUCGAAGCUAUCAAUGGACGCAAGAAGAAGACUAUCAAAGGACCUGACGGCAAGCUCAUUCCCAUUGAAGAAGAGUCUAUUCUCCCCCCUCUCACACACGCUCCCCACUACGCUCGCGAUCACUCUCCUCAGUGGCAUGCUUUCCUUAGCGAUUCCAAGCAGGGCAAGAUGGCUGUUCCUCCUUUCCACUUUGCCAAGUUUGACCAGCCCAUCAUGGAUGAUGAGGGCAAGCCCACUUUCAACAUGCAGACUCUCAAGGCUCAAUUCGCUGCUCCCCCUCAAGCCGGACACUACACAUUUGUUCUACACAUUAUCUGCGACGCCUACGUUGGCUUCGACACCAAGAUGGAGGUGACACUUGUUGUAGAGGAGGCUAGCAAGGCGGCAGAGAUGAAGGCCGAAGAUGAGAUCAGUGAGCCUGAAGAGGAUUCGCUCGCUGGACAAAUGCACGUUCUCAAGACCGGUCAGACUCCCAAAGCCCGCCGAAGGGAUUCUGACGACUCUGAGGAGGAGAGUGGUACGGAUGAGGAAGAGGAGGACACCAGCGCAACAAAUACAGAUACCGAGGAUGAAUCAUAG